AUGGAUACCAUGGAUGACGCAUGGUCCUAUUCCUACCCGUCCUCCUUGGAGAGCCUACCAUUGCCCCCUUUGAGCUCCACAAAUGGUGACAAAGUUGAUAGUGAAGUUGCUGGAGGUGCUCAAGGUAAUGGGAAACCAAACGGAAAGGAUAGGGAAAAGUUGAAAAUAGUGACUGAACAACCUAAGGAAAUCAAGCUGGAGUCUCCAAUAGCGCUGCGUCGUGAUUCAACAGGGAACGACUCUACGAAAGCUGGAUCCUCACCUCCUAAACCAAGUGCCAUGUCAGCUCCACAACCUGCCCUUUUACCUAGACACAGAAACUCAACAACUACAUCUCAGAAUAACUUAGCCAAGUCUGCACCAGCUGAUCCUCACACCACCAAGCACGAUGUGGAGUCAUUACCAGCUGAUAAUAGCAGUACCUCAAGUAUUAAUGAUACAGCAACAGAUUUGGCAAUGAUACAAAAUCAAUCACCACCAAGCACACCAGUUCAAGGCAGCAAUUUUUUCAACAACAUGAUAUCAACUUUAUCUUUCAACAAAGGUAAAGAUGGUAAACCUUCAACCUCUAUGAACUCCAUUGAUGAAAAUGGUGUUGUGACAGUUACGAUGGAUUCUCAUUCUAGAACUAAUAGUCAUGGUGGGUCAGCAAAAGAUUCAACAACUUCUCCAAGUAUGCUUAGCUAUAGAAGAGAUAAGAGGUCCAAAAGAAGGAAUACCAGUGCAAGCUCAAUUGAUAUUCCAAAAUCUCCAUUGGUUGAAGACAAAUCAAUAACAGAGGAAACUAGCCCAAAGAGUGAGACAUUCGAUACGAGUAAUUAUGUGGAUGAGAAGUUCAAGGAUACAAGCUAUAGAUAUGCAACUAUAACCAGAAAUAAUGAUUUCCAUAAAUUGUUCAAAUCAAUUCCAGCAGACGAAAGACUGUUGGACGAUUUUAGUUGUGCACUUAGCAGAGAAAUUUUAUUGCAGGGGAGACUAUAUGUUACAGAGAAGAAUAUUUGCUUUAAUUCAAACCUUCUGGGAUGGGUGACAAAUUUGGUUAUACCCUAUGCUGAUAUUUCAAAGUUUGAAAAAACUGCUACUGCUGGUCUGUUCCCAAAUGGUAUUGCUAUCAACCUGAAUAAUGGGAAUAAGCAUUAUUUUGCAAGUUUUUUGUCCAGAGAUUCGACUUAUAACUUACUAACUGAGGUCUGGGAGGCUUCAGAUGACCAAGCGAACAACUUAUCUCAGGUAAAUACAAAUUCAUUCCAAAGCACUGAAGGUGAAGCAUUAGUUUCCAAGGAUUUGAAUUUAGGUACAGAGAAAUAUGAUGCUGAUGAAUACCAAAAGGCACUGCUUUCAAUAGAUGGUGAUACUAGAACCAAUAGAAGGAACACUUCUGGAAGUGAUGAAUUUUACGACGAUGAUGAUGAUGAUGAUGACGACGACGAAGAAGAUGAUAGUGAUGAAAGCUCUAAUUCUGAGUAUUCUGGAAGUGGCAAAGUCUCCGAAGCUGGGAAAGUGGUAUCCUCCUCCCAACAAGUUGUUUAUAAAGCUAAAAACACAUCUGUUUAUGCUUAUACCGGUCCAGAUGGCCAUCAAUCAACUAGUUCUGGAAUUGAUUACACUGCUAUGCAAGAAGUUAUUUUGGCAGAGGAAAAUAUAAAAUGCCCUCCAGGUUUGUUGUUUGAGAUUUUAUUCGGUCCAAAUAAUGAUUUAACACUUCAGUUUUUGGGAUCUCAAGGUGGAAGUAAUUUCUCUAAAUUUUCUGAUUAUGAAAGGAAUGAUGAAGGUAAAAAGGAGAGAAAUUAUAAUUAUACAAAAGCUCUUAAUUAUUCAAUUGGUCCCAAAUCUACAAAGUGUUAUGUACAAGAAGCAAUUGUGUCGUUAGAUUAUGACGGGUGCACCAACGUUUUAUCAACGACCAAAACCCCUGAUGUUCCUAGUGGUAAUGCUUUCAGUGUGAAGACCAGGUAUGUUAUGACGUGGGGACCUGAAAACACUACAAACCUUGUCAUUUCUUUUAAAGUGGAUUGGACUGGUAAAAGUUGGGUUAAAAGUAUGAUUGAUAAGAGCUGUCUGAGUGGUCAGGAAGAAGCUACAAAGCAGUUGAUCCCAUUAGUGAAAAAGAUUGUUGAUGAUAACACUUUUGCAACUGAAGAAGAGAUCAAAAUUGAAAAUAAUAUUGAACCACUGGCCGAUGCUAAAAGAGCUGAUAUUGAUGCUAAAAGUCUAUCUUCAGCAAAAGUCACCCCAAGUACACCAGAUUCUUUUAUUCCUGAAUUUUCAGCUUUCAAUAUUGCAGUUUUGGCUCUUUUAUCUGGUAUUUUGCUCUUACAAGUUGGUAUUCUAAGGUCGAUUAGAUCAGUUCCAGAGAAGACUUUUUCAUUCGGUGUUCUGAGUGAGAUUGAUAAGAGUACAGAAAAUGUUUUAUUCAAAGGCGAGGAGGUUUUGUUAUGGAAUUGGCUCAAUGAAAGAGCUGGUAAUUUAGACCUAUCACAAGCAGAGAAGACUGGAGUUUUGAAAAAUGAUAUUGAUCAAGUUAUAAAUAAAUGGGUCAGUAAUGAUCUGAAUAGCAAAGAGAGCAAAAAGUUGAUAAAGACGUUUGAACACCAUUUGAAUUCAUAUUCCGAAAAAGCUUUGAACAAAAUGAAGGAUGAACAACAUCAACAGAAGGCGGCUGCGUUGAAAGCUGCAAUUAAAGCCCUUCUUUAG